AUCACCCGUCCAGAUCAAUUCUGGGCAUGGACGAGACAAACAUUAUUACCGGGGCUAUUUCCUGAGCCCCAUUACAAUGAUCGUUCUUUGAACUGGCGUGAACAGUUAACGAUUGCGGAUCGUGAGACCGUAAGAGUUGGAAUGGCAAGGUUGCGACAACUCAGAGUGAAAGAUGACUCCUGCAAAAUAAUGAAAGAGUUUACAAAGGUUAUCAACCACUGUCGAGAUUCAUAUGGUUGGACUGACGAUGAUACCAAGCCCUAUUUUCCCAUGUGGAAGAAGACAUUUGUCUCUACAAAGGAGGAGGUAAAAAGACGAUCAAGGAGAGAAGUUCACUGUGCUGGGAUACCAGGCAUGGAACACAAACCGCGUAAAAAACUUCCUCAAUGGAAUCAAUUACAAAAUUAUACUGGACCACCUUUAAAUGAAACGUACCUAGAAUGGUUGAGUGAACAAGAAGAUCCUGGGCCGUGGAUUUACCAGAGCGCCCUCAAACUUCGUAGUGCACCAUAUAUGGGCACCCUCACUAUGUACAAGGGUGGGGGAUAUGUUUCCAACUUAGGUUUGACUCUUGAGAGAAGUAAGCAAGUGAUUGAUAAGCUCGAGAGUGACGAGUGGGUCGACCCGAACACAAGGGCCUUGUUUGUCGAGUUCACUGUUUAUAAUGCAAACAUCAACCUAUUUGGCUCUUUGAUAUUAUUGGUAGAGUUCAUGAACACUGGUGCUGCCAUCGCUAGGACGGAAGUGAAGGUAUUUAGACUGUACAGUUACGUGGGAGGCUGGGGGAUAAUUGUUGUUAUAUUUGAAGUCCUCUUUGUUCUAUUCACGCUGUAUUUCUUCCAACACAACAUCCGACUUCUGAAAAAACAAGGGAGAAAAUAUUUGUCUGAAUUCUGGAACUUGUUAGAGUUUGGACAAAUCGUUAUGUCCAUUGUUGCCGUUGCGAUGUACGCUAUGAAGACCCUUAUGGGAAGUUUAGCAAUGUCAGCCCUCAAGAAAAGUGGAGCUAGAGACUACGUGAACUUUGUGACCAUUGCUAUGUGGGACGAGACAUACGGCUUCGUCGUUGGCGUUAUUGUCUUCUGCGCUACCCUCAAGUUCAUCAAGAUGUUAAAGUUUAACAAAAACAUGGGCUUGCUCGGAGAUACGGUUGUGUACGCCGUGAAAGACUUGAAGAUGUUCUCCAUCAUGUUCUUUAUUUACUUCAUGGCGUUCUGCCUACCGGCGUACAUACUGUUUGGAAUGCAUAUGCAAAGCUAUGGAACAUUCAUUGGUGUGUUUGAGUCACUUUUUGCAAUGGCGCUUGGGUCGUUCGAUUUCUAUGAGAUGGAGGCAGCACAGCCAUUCAUUGGACCAAUCUUCUUUUUCUUGUACGUCGCUAUUAUCAAUAUAGGGUUGAUGGGAAUGUUCUUGACUAUUAUUGCCGAGGCAUUCACGGCGGUGAAAGAGAACGCAGAGCUACAGUCGAAUGAGUACGAGAUCGUCGACUUCAUGGUUGGGAAACUGAAAGCGCUGUUUGGUAUACAGCCCAAGAAUAAAGAAGGAGAGGAAGAUGAUGAUAUUCCAGAGGGGCGAGAAGGAAUAGAUGAUUGUUAGAUUUAUUUAAGUUAACUAUGAUUUAACCACACUGUUGCUUUGUGGCAUCCUCGAUGGUUUAGCCAUCAGUGAUUUGACGUCGGUACACAAAGACACAAAUUAAUUUUAAAAAAAUAUCAGGGUAGUUUGUCUUUUGUUAUCUCCAAGUUUAUGUUAACGUCUCUCUGGUAAAUGAUAUUGGUUUGAUUUUUAAUUUUAAUGACACUGCAUUACACAGAAUAUAUUUUAUUAUAAAUUUUUGUUAUAUACUAUUUCAGACCCGUUGUCAAAAAUAUUUUUUUAGUAAUUUAUGACAAGUGGAUUGUGCCACGCUAAACUAUCAAUUGUUUAGAGCCAUUUGAAAGGAAAUAUAUCCAAAUUUCAAAUAUAACGAAUAUGUAACACGCGAGUUUCGAAUUCACCAUCAAUUUUCCCGAAAAUUAAAAAAUUUUCAUGUCAAUCAUUUGCAAUCAUAGUCCCAAUCUCGAUCGCCUCAUGCAAUUCGUUCCACAACAUUUUUUAAAUUGUAAUUUGGUUAUUGACUCUAAAUAAUGGCUGUAAUUAAAACGUUUUGUUUCACCUUGCAUCAAAUAAAAUACAUCAAAAUGAUUUUAUUUAAAAUUACUAACAAUAACAAAAUUAUAAAAUGUAAUAAUUUUUCAAUCUAAAAACAUAUUGCCAUUUUGGAAAUAUUGCAUAAUAUUGUA